ACCUACAGGCAAAGCGUUAUACCCUCUGCUCACCGGUCAAAAAUGCCUGCAGAUUACAAUGGACGCUGGGAGAUGGUGAGCAAUGAGAACUUUGAGGACGUCAUGAAGGCCCUCGACAUUGACUUUGCCACGCGAAAGAUUGCCUCCCACCUGCAUCAGACCAAAGUGAUCGUCCAGAACGGUGACCGGUUUGAGACAAAGACCCUGAGCACCUUCAGAAACUAUGAGGUCAACUUCACCGUGGGACAGGAGUUUGAGGAGCACACAAAGGGACUAGACAACCGAACUGUUAAGACAUUGGUUACCUGGGAUGGAGACAACCUGGUGUGUGUUCAGAAGGGGGAGAAAGAAAAUCGUGGCUGGAAACACUGGCUAGAGGGAGACCUGCUACACCUGGAAAUCACUGUGCUCGACAAAGUCUGCCACCAAGUAUUUAAGAAGAAGCAGUAAGAUGGGAACACUGUCUGGCAUGUGUUUCAUAUUGAUGUCUAUUUAUAAUUGUGAAGACCUGUAAUAAAUUGAUUUAAUAGCACUGUUCUUUUGUUGUGUUUUCACCAAAGUAUGUACCAGAAUUAUACAGGAAGUAGUUCAGCCUCAUUCGGUUCUUGUACCCCAUAGUCCAGUGAUGUCCCAGUAAUGAUCCAUUUCUGUGUCACUCUGAGCAGACUUAUUAAAAAAUACAUGUAUAGGAUUUCAGGACAGGGCAUAUAUUACUUAUUUUAGACUUCAAAAAUUUUG